AUGUCGAAUGCCGAAGAAUCAGUGGCAGCCGAUGGAUUAAGAGCUCUCGUUGCGAGACGUGGUAAGAUAAAAGGGCAAAUUACAAGAUUCACUUCAUUUCUAAGUAGAGCAAAUUCCGCAGUACCUGAAUUACAGGAUAGAUUAGAGAAAAUUGAAUGCGUUUGGACGGAAUUUGACGACGUCCAAACUAAGAUCGAGUUCAUUGACGAUUCUGAAAAACAAGAAGAACAUAGGGCUGAAUUUGAGGAUACGUAUUUCGAAGUCGUAUCUCGCGCUAAGGGCAUUUUAGCUGAUGCAGCGACCUUGCACAAUUCUCGAAUGCAGUGUAGUUCGGGCAAUUCUGCUUUCAACGCUGUACACUCUUCAGGUGUACAGCUACCCUCCAUUAACUUACCAAAAUUUGAUGGAAGGUACGACAAAUGGAUGGCCUUCAAGGAUGCUUUUGACGCUUUAAUUGAUAAAAAUAAAACUUUAGCAAACGUACAAAAGUUCUUUUAUCUUAAAUUAUCGGUCACAGGAGUUGCCUCAGAGGUGAUAGCAGAUUUAGAGGCCACGGAUAGUAAUUAUAAUGUUGCAUGGAAACUUUUACAAGACAGGUUUGAGAACAGAAAGUUGAUUUGUCAUACUCAUGUUAGAGCAAUUUUUGAAUUACCAACCAUUUCAAAGGAAGCAUCUUCCAAUUUACAAAGAUUGGUAGAUGACUUUCAGAAGAAUAUCAGAGCAUUGAAUAACUUAGGUGAACCUACUGAUCAGUGGAGUACUUUAUUGGUAUAUCUUGUAUCAUCUAAAUUAGAUAUAAACACGCAAAAAGAAUGGAAUAGAGAAUCAUCCAAACUUACUCAGCCAACAAUUAAAGAACUCAUGCAAUUUCUUACGGAAAGGUGUCAUUUUCUAGAAUCAAUUGAGUCAAAUAGAAAAACUUCGGUCAGGCCACAAGAAAAAACAUUAGCGCAUUUUUCCCAAAACCUUUCAUGCUUUCUUUGCAAGGGUGCACAUUAUUUAUACACUUGUAAAAAAUUCCUUGAUUUGUCAGAAAAAUCUCGCUACAAUGAAGCCGCAAAAUUAGGAUUAUGCAUUAAUUGCCUAAGAAAGGGUCAUAAAUUGUCAGAUUGCAAGUCAAGCGGUUGUAGAAAGUGCAAUAAAAAACACAAUUCGCUACUUCAUUUCGAGAAAACCGAAAAUUCAAACACUUAUGUUGCUAAUGGCACCACUGAACAAGCUAGCUUGAACAUGUUAUCAUCCGUGGCACCUUCGUCACGAUUACAGGGUGCAACAACCGAAUCAGUCUCAAUUGCGAUGCAUUCGGAAUCGAGACAAGUGGGAAAAGAACCAUACGUUCUUUUGUCUACAGCGAUUGUCAAUGUUAUUGGCAAUAGCGGAAACUUUGAAAACGCUAGAGUCAUUUUAGAUGCAGGCUCACAGAGCAACUUUAUGACGAGAGAACUAUGCUCGAGAUUGAAUUUACCUGUAAGGAAAGUUGAUAUAAAGGUCAUUGGUUUAAAUAGUGCUACAUCUAAUGCAUGCCUGAGAACAACAGCCACAAUAAAAUCUUCAACAAGUAAUUUUUCAGUAAAAUUAUCAUUUUUAGUAGUUAACAAAAUCACGGAAUGUAUUCCCACGGUCUCAUUUGAUGCCAGUAAAUUAGAAAUUCCUGAAUCGGUAACAUUAGCCGAUCCUACCUUCAAUGUUUCAAAUCAGAUAGACGUAUUAAUUGGUGCGGAAAUAUAUCAUGAUUUAUUAGAAAUAGGAAGAAUAAAGUUGGGUACUGACGUGGAAAUUCCAUCAGUUCGUAAGGAAUCUGAAUGUGAACGCAUAUUCAGGGAAACUUUAAACACAAACGAAUCAGGCCGAUAUGUAGUUCAGCUUCCUAUGGUAAAUUCAGGUCUGAGGUUGGGCAAUUCAUUGGACACGGCGAUUUCCCGAUUUUAUGCGUUGGAAAGAGAAUUGAACAGAGACCCAGAAUUGCAUAGGAGAUAUCACGAUUUCAUGACAGAGUACCAAUCGUUGGGACAUAUGUCUGAGUUGACUGAAUCACAAAUUGGGGAUCAAAUUGAACAGAUGAUAUUUUAUAUGCCACAUCAUGGUGUCCUAAAGGAGGACAGUAUUACGACGAAAUUGAGGGUUGUUUUCGAUGCCAGCGCGAAAAGUGGUAAUGGAGUAUCUCUGAACAACGUGUUAUUAGCAGGUCCAUGUAUACAGGAAGAUAUAUUCAGCAUUCUUCUCAGAUUCAGAAAACAUAAUUUUGUCAUGAUCGCUGAUAUCGAGAAAAUGUAUCGGAUGAUCGAGGUCUGUGAAUCGCAAAAGGACCUUCAGCGUAUAGUUUGGCGAUUUAAUUCCAGCCAACCGAUUUCCCAUUACCGUCUCAAUACACUAACGUAUGGCACAAGUCCUGCUAGUUUCAUUGCUACCAGAUGCCUACAUGAAUGCGCUUUCGAAAAACGCGAAUCUUUUCCGGAGUCCGCAGAGGUUGUCCUCUCAGACUUCUAUGUCGAUGAUUUGAUCACCGGAGCCAAUACAGUCCACGAAUCAAUCACAUUGAAACACGAAAUUUCAAGCAUGUUGAGUGCACAUGGGUUCAAUUUGAGAAAAUGGGCUAGUAACGACAUGUCCAUACUUGAAAGCGAUCGUGAGGAAAAUCAAGGAUCUGAACAUUUUAUUGCGAAGGAUGCCAGCCAUAAAACCUUAGGCGUUCAAUGGCAGUCUGAUUCAGAUACCUUGCAUUAUAAGAUCAAUUUAAAAUGUAACAAGAACGUCAAUAAACGAACAAUUUUAUCCACCAUAGCUCAAAUUUUUGAUCCUAUGGGGUUAGUUGGACCAGUAUCAAUAAAGGCGAAAAUAAUUUUACAGGAGUUGUGGCAUUCAAAUAUUGGAUGGGAUGAUCCUGUACCACCAAUCUUAGAAUCGAAGUUUAAAUCUUUCAGGGAUCAUCUAGCGGACUUGGGUCAGUGUUACGUUCCUAGACAAGCUGUUCUUCGCAAUUGCAUAUCAAUAAGCAUGCAUUCAUUCUGUGACGCAUCUCAGAAAGCCUAUGGGGCGUGCAUUUAUUUGUUGUCAGAGGACGAGUUGGGAAAUCGGGGGUGCAGAUUACUUUGCGCAAAAUCGAGAGUCGCGCCGCUCAAGGUUUUAACUUUACCUCGUUUGGAGCUCAGUGGAGCCCUUUUGCUCGCGCGACUAGUUAGUAAGGCAGUAGAUGCCUUGAAAAUUGAAUUGAACUCCAAAUUCUAUUGGACUGAUUCCAGCAUAGUAUUACACUGGAUUCGAUCAGAGUCUACCAAUUGGCAGACUUUUGUUGCUAAUCGCGUCGCGGAAAUCCAACAACUUACUGAUCGUGAAGGUUGGAGACACGUAAAAGGUGAGGAUAAUCCUGCAGAUGUGAUUUCCAGGGGUUUGGAUCCAGAUAAUUUGAAAACUUGCGACCUGUGGUGGUCUGGACCAACUUGGCUAGUUGAAGAUCAAUAUUAUUGGCCUAAAUUGAUUAUUACCUGA